UGAAGCUAGCUGCUUGUGUACUCGUCAUCGCCCGCUGACACAGUAGGCGGCAGUCCUGGGUCGGCUCUGCUGAUCUGCUGCUGCUGUCUGCGGCCUUCACACACUUUUCGACUUGCCACGAGCGCGACGAGGGCCGCCGUAGGACGCCAUGGACGAUACCGGCCCUCCUGCCCACGCGAUCAUGGACGAAGACGUCGGAGCGCCGACAGGAGGCUCGUCGCAGGUCCUGCUGCCACCCAACGAGAGCUCGGCUGACCCCCUCAUCUCACGACGCAAUUCGAGAUCAGCCUCGGCUCGUCCCUCUGAGACGACAACGCCACAAGUAGAGCUCGAGGCAGGGCCAGAUGCAGCGCCCAGUCCGCCAGCGAUCGUUGCAGAUGAUCACCAGCAAGACUUCACCCAGGAAGAAGUCGAGGAUGCUGCCGCCAAUGCGCUCAUUCCAUCUGGAUCUGCAGCUCAGCGUAGAAUGACCGCAUCAAAGCGCCAGCAGGACCGACUCGAAGCUGAAGCCGGCUCCCAUCGCUCAUCAUCCCCUGGAGCAGUGCAGCCCGAUGCACCCGAGCCACCUGCCGCCAGCGGCUCGAGGCGCUCGGGCGGCGCCUCAGGAUCUCGUCGACUCACAGAGCGUGAACGGCAGGAACGCGACAGAGAGCGCGCAGAGGCACGUUCCCAGGACACGAGAGACAACACGCCUCUGCCUACAUCAGGACGAGGUCAGGCCAGCGGAACGUACCGCAAGUCGCACUCCUCCAAGGAUGCCGCCGCGCGACGGAAUGCUGCCGCCGCUGCUGCCCUCGCCGCCCAGCAAGAUGACGCUUACACGAUCUCGUCCCGGCGUGCUGGGGUUAGCGCCGCGAGACCAUCCGCAAGCCAAGCUGCCCUGCCUUUGCCCGAAGAGGUCAGGAUGCCCACCAUCAAUCUCGGCACUCUGCCGCCAGCCGCGCUGCACCGCUAUCUCUUGCACUACCACCUUCUGGCCCCGCAACCGCUAAGCAAUCGGCAAGCCUGUCAGCCGUUUGCCCAAGUCGACGCGCCACUGCCCGGCCUGCCUGUCAGCCCAGCCUCUGAGCCGUCCAGAAAGCGCAAGCGGGAAGCCCCCCUUUCGGCCGCGGAUGAUGAGAUACAGGAUGUCUCGGCGAGCACAGAAGACCAGGAGCUUCCCAGGGGUACGGGCGAAGGCUUCUUUGAUGCUACGAUGGACGACCUCGACGAUGAUUCGAUCGGCUUGCCACAGGCUGAACAGCUCAGAGAUCUCUCAGUAUGGGAUGGCCCGGACGAAGCCAAAGAACGCCUAGCAAGACUGGCACACUCGCACUGGGACAGAUUCCCCACCGUCAAAGAGGGCGAGACAAUCACUAAUUUCAUGUUUGCCGUGCGCAUGAAGGGCAAGGCACUCAAGGCUGUACCUCCUGUGUGAACAAUGUAUUGUACCCUCUACACCUGUGCAUGCUCCUCGCCGCGCCCGUCCUUUGCAUCCUCCAGCUCUGCACGCGCUAUCGCAUAUGGCACGAGCUCUUCCGCCGCAAUCAGCGUGCGCUCUGCGCCGGACGCGAUCUGUUGGAUCAGCUUGCUAUAUUGAUGACGGAUGACAGGCUGCUUGUGCAAGAGCAUCUCCAGGCGAUCCGGAUGCGGCUGCAGGUCAAGCUGGCGGCGCAUGCCCUCCAUGAUGUACGAGACCACCGUUGUGGGUUGGAUGCUCAUCGAUAUGGCGAUCGCCUCUGGCUCUUCGUCUUGCUCGUGCCACAGCUCCCAAGCCUCGAGCUGGCGUGGCGUUGCUUUACUGAUCGCAAUGCCUGCUGC